CUCAUAAUGCGUGACUGUUGCCCUGUUGUUUUUCUCCAUAGUUUAAAUCCGACAUCUGUACGAAAAUACAUCUAGGAAGUUCAAUUUCUCUCGCUGAUAGGAUGAAUGAGGCUCUUUAUCAACCUUGCAAACUGCAAGUUUCGUUUUUCUUUAGCCUUUAUUAAUCAUACAGAUACAGUCUGUGGUGUCUCAGGCUAUAGUGGAUAAUGGCCAAACUGUUCCGAGCUGUGAUCAUGGGUCCACCAGGUUCCGGGAAGGGGACCAUAUCUGAAAGAAUUGCGCAGAGCUUUGGACUCAAACAUUUGUCCAGUGGUGACUUCCUUCGGGAGAAUAUAGCUGCAAAUACAGAGGCUGGGGUUCUUGCUAAGACCUACAUAGAGAGGGGUCUGAUGGUGCCGGACCAUGUGAUGACACGGCUCUUACUGCCCAGGCUGGAGGAGAUGACUCGCCACAGCUGGCUGAUGGAUGGGUUUCCCUGUACCCUAGCCCAGGCCAAGGCUCUGAACAGUACCUGUGAUCUGGACCUGGUCAUCAGCCUCAACAUCCCUUAUGAGACCCUGAAGGACCGGCUGAGUGACCGCUGGAUCCACCCAGCCAGCGGCAGGGUCUACAACAUGGGAUUCAACCCUCCACGCGUACAGGGCAGGGAUGACCUCAGCGGAGAGCCUCUGAUCCAGCAUGAUAAUGACCAACCAGAGGCCCUAGUGGCCAGACUGAGGCACUACAAGGACGUGGCCAAGCCAGUCAUAGACCUGUACAAGUCAAAGGGCAUCCUGCACACGUUUUCUGGCACAGAGACCGACAGGAUCUGGCCUUACAUCAACUCUCUUCUCAGCACUAAGAUCCCUAGCAGACCUGAGAUGGACACACAGCACAUCCCAAUGCCAUGAGCAGAGCAGAGGUGACACAGUAGGAGUGCAGGCCAUGCACAGGAGCUGUUAGGAGCCUCUUUAGCUUGGCAGUUGCUACCAAAACAUGUUUUCAAAUACAAUCGUAUGCACUACAUACAGGUGAAGUCAAAAGUUUACAUACACUUAGGUUGGAGUCAUUAAAACUUGUUUUUCAACCACCCCACAAAUUUCUUGUUAACAAACUUUAGUUUUGGUAUGUCGGUUAGGACAUCUACUUUGUGCAUGACACAAGUAAUAUUUCCAACAAUUGUUUACACUCAGAUUAUUUCACUUAUAAUUCACUGUAUCACAAUUCCAGUGGGUCAGAAGUUUACAUACAAUAAGUUGACUGUGCCUUUAAACAGCUUGGGAAAUUCCAGAAAAUGAUGUCAUGGCUUUAGAAGCUUCUGAUAGGCGAAUUGACAUAAUUUGAGUCAAUUGGAGGUGUACCUGUGGAUGUAUUUCAAGGCCUACCUUCAAACUCAGUGCCUCUUUGCUUGACAAGACCUCAGAAAAAAAAUUGAAGACCUCCACAAGUCUGGUUCAUCCUUGGGAGCAAUUUCCAAAUGCCUGAAGGUACCACGUUCAUCUGUACAAACAAUAGUACGCAAGUAUAACCACCAUGGGACCACGCAGCUGUCAUACCGCUCAGGAAGGAGACGCUUUCUAUCUCCUAGCGAUGAACGUACUUUGGUGCGAAAAGUGCAAAUCAAUCCCAGAACAACAGCAAAAGACCUUGUGAAGAUUCUGGAGGAAACAGGUACAAAAGUAUUUAUAUCCACAGUAAAACAAGUCCAAUAUCGACAUAACCUGAAAGGCUGCUCAGCAAGGAAGAAGCCACUGCUCCAAAACCGCCAUCAAAAAGCCAGACUACGGUUUGCAACUGCACGUGGGGAUAAAGAUUGUACUUUUUGAAGAAAUGCCCUCUGGUCUGAUGAAACAAAAAUAGAACUGUUUGGCCAUAAUGACCAUCGUUAUGUUUGGAGGAAGAAGAACACCAUCCCAUAUAUUGAAGCAACAUCUCAAGACAUCAGUCAGGAAGUUAAAUCUUGGUCGCAAAUGGGUCGCAAAAAGUCAAGGUAUUGGAGAGGCCAUCACAAGUCCCUGACCUCAAUCCUUUAGAAAAUGUAUGGGCAGAACUGAAAAAGCCUGUUCGAGCAAGGAGACUUUCAAACCUGACUCAGUUACAGCAGCUCUGUCAGGAGGAAUGGGCCAAAUUUCACCCAAUUUAUAGUGGGAAGCUUGUGGAAGGCUACCCGAAUCGUUUGAUCCAAGUUAAAUCUUUUAAAGGCAAUGCUACCAAAUACUAAUUGAGUGUAUGUAAACUUCUGACCCACUGGGAAUGUGAUGAAAGGAAUAAAAGCUGAAAUAAAUCAUUCUCUCUGCUAUUAUUCUGACAUUUCACAUUCAUAAAAUAAAGUUGUGAUCUUAACUGACCUAAGACAGGGAAUUUUUACUAGGAUUAAAUGUUAGGAAUUGUGAAAAACUGAGUUUAAAUGUAUUUGGCUAAGGUGUAUGUAAACUUUCGACUUCAACUAUAAAUCAGGGGGCCACACCUUCAGUCCUCAAGGGCAACAGUGUACGGUUUUCAUCCUUACCUGUUAACCAGAGACUGAUUUCCCCUCUCCAGAUAAUAAGUAUGAAGCCCCAGGGAGAAAUGGAAAUCAGCAGGACUGCAGAACUUGAGAGCCUGAGUUGUGCAACCCUAAGUAUGCCUUUAAUAGCCGGACAUGCAUAAAGAUGGUGGCCCCAAUGUACUUACCGCAAAUGCCUAAUUAGCUUUUUCCGCCGUAUUAUAGAGUGCUCUGCAUUACUCUUGUUUUGUGUAACGCAGUGCACUGUAUAUUACGGUGCCAUAGUUGAACAACUCUGUGAGUAGCGCUAAAGCAAUGAAGUCAUACCUGAAUUCCUCCAUCUUCAUGCACCUUCGCCUCUUACAUUCUUAUUACUCUUACAUAGAUAGCCUAGCGGUUAGCGCGUUGGGCCAGUAACCGAAAGGUUGCUUGUUCGAGUCUCUGAGCCAACACAGUGAAAUAUCUGUUGAUGUGCCCUUGAGCAAGGCACUUAACCCUAAUUGCUCCAGGGUUGCUGUUGAUAAUGGCAGACCCUGGCCAUGACCCUAUUCUCCGAAGGUAUCUCAAAAAAUACAUUUCUAAUUCACACAUGCAUAUUCAUUUGCACUUGUAAUUAACUAACUGUUGAAAUCUAAUUUUUCUUUCAUUUAAACUGAAAUGACUAUUGUUUUCUUCUAAACAGCACACCCUAUAAUGUGGCUUACUUUUAGAGUUCUGUCAGAUUAAGAUGUUAAUCUUCAUCAAAGUUGGAUUACAUUAAUAUGUUUUUGUGUUCAAUUUAAAACAGUUUUGUUGAUUUUCGUUAUACCAAAUAUAACCUUAUAAGACUAAACGAUGUAAAACGAUUCUAAUGAAUUGGUCUAUAACUGCAUUAAAAGGGACCAAAGAGUGUUUUAACCAAUUGAAAGUGUAAUACGUCUGAAUGGCUGUAUCAGAAAAGGGAUGAGUGUGGUCAGUGUGGUUGGACAUUAUUUGUGGGAGGAUGUGUCUCCCUGUUAGAUUUCAAUAACACAAUAUGCAAACAGUCGCUGGUGUAAACUGUAAUUGGGCCAGUAUGAGUAUGACAAGCCCAUUAUGGUGAAUGAGUGAUUAGAAAAGCAUUUCAUACACUGUGUAUUACCCCACCACCACACACUGAAUGUUUUCUGUCCAGAAGUCAUGUUGCUGUCCAAACUCUGGCAUAUUCCAAGGAAAAUAAACAUAUUUUCUCACAA